GUAAUCGCAGGUAACUUUCUUACGAUAGCCUUCCGCUGAACGACAUAGUGCUCGCAGCGCUCCCGCAUUUUGAUGAUUGCGGAUACGGCACACAAAACUGAGCUUCGGGAUUAGAAACCUCCGUCGUUUUGGCAACCGGAAGACGUUACGGCUGUAUUUUUUUCUGUGUAAAAACACCCCGUCUCUCAAAGGCGUUUGAAAUCGGACACCGCUGGCAUUGAGGCCCUCACUUUUGUGCGGAGGGAUACGGUGUUGCGUCUGACAAUGUGGACGGAGGUGGUGAAGAUGUCUACGAGAAGAAUGAAAUCAUCUCAGUUGUAACAACAAAAAAGGAAGACGCGAGAUUAGUUACUAUAAUAGAUUUGUUUGCACACAGACUUGUUACAUUGAAGCAAACACGUGGGCGCUGUGUGAAAAACAGGCUAACCGGGACAAAAGGAAGACAUCUACGGUGCUCCAAUGCGUUUCAAGCACUGAGGUCGAAAUUCUCUUGAAGUUUUAUGUUUUUCCCCUUGCGAGUCUCCGCUUUUCUUUUUACUGUUGGAUAUCAGACACUUGGAGAGGAGAGGGUUUAUUAGAGACUGAAGGGUAUGAACGAACAGCAGCAAAGAAUGGCUGCAGUGGGAACUGACAAGGAACUCAGCGACCUCCUGGAUUUCAGUGCGAUGUUUGCGCCUCCAGUAGCCAACGGGAAGAACAGGACAAUGACACUCGCCAGCAGUCAGUUUGGUGGAUCAGCAAUAGACGAGCGCAGUGGCUCUGGGUCUUGGGCCCCAGCUGAACAGAACAGUCCCUCUUUCAGCCAAGGACGGGGCUAUGCCGAAGGCUCACACUACAGUGAGCACGAAGGGUUGUCCUCUCCUUUCAUCAGUUCAGGAGUCGCAGGUAAAAAUGAGAGGCCACCGUACCCUCCAUUUGGAAGCCAGCCUGGUUUUCUUCCUAGCGACAUAGCGAUGCCCAGCCCAGAUGCCAUGUCCCCCUCCGGCCUGAAAUCCGGCUCCCAGUUUUACCCGUCAUACCCCAACAACCCCAGGAGAAGGCCGCCUGAUGGAGGCAUAGACACCCAGCCAAAGAAGAUUCGGAAACCCCCUGGCCUGCCGUCCUCGGUGUAUCCUUCCACAUCUGGUGAUGAGUAUUCCAGAGACAAUGGAGGAUAUCCCGGUGCUAAGCCUGGAGCUGUCUACCCUGGCUCUUUCUAUAUGCAAGAAGACCCCUGGUCGUCUUCUGGCUACUCUGCCAUGCUGGGUAACUCUCCUCACAUUGGACAGCCAGGCUCCUUCUCUGCAAUCAACCCACAGGACAGGAUGAAGCGUCAACCCCUGCCUCUGUCCCCACAGAACUAUCCUCUGCACGGCAGCGAAGUCAACGGCUUCCACUCAGCCCCUACCACCUACAACCACACACCCACCAUCAACGGAGAAGGCAUCAUGGCCAACCGAGGCACCACAGCUGGCAGUUCAGGGGAUGAAAUUGGGAAGGCUCUUGCCUCAAUUUACCCGUCGGACCACAACAGUAAUAACUUCCCCUCAGCUCCAUCUACUCCUGGAUCUCCUCAGGCUAUUGCAGGAGCUCAGUCUCAGUGGCAAAGACCAACCACACCCAACUAUGAAGGGCAACCACACACACUGCAGAGUAAAAUGGAGGACCGUUUGGAGGAGGCCAUCCAUGUACUGCGUAGCCAUGCUGUGGGCCAGGGUCCCGGCUUAGAGGGCGCCCAUUCUGACAUGCACAGCCUGCUGUCCUCAGUACACAAUGGGGGCCUUGGGGGCCUCUCUCCAGCUUUCCCCAAUGCUAGCCUUGCCCUCAGCAACAGACAUCCUGCUAUGCAGCAAGGGAAACAUGAGGAGCCCACAGGCCUUCCUCCCAGCAGCACUCUUCUGCACGGUCAUCACGCAUCCGGACCCACACCAUCAGCUGGCCAACCGGAGGGCUUUACCAGUCUCCCUGGUGGUAUGGCCCGCUCCACACACUCCUCCAGCAGCUCAGACAUCAAAAGAGAAGACAAAGAGGACGAUGAAAACUCAUCUGUUGCAGACAAGUCAGAUGAUGAAAAGAAGGACUCAAAGGCAGCACGCAGUCGAACAAGAAAGGAGGCGUUGACCCUCCAGAUGCUCUCUAGCCUUUCAGACCCGAAAGAUGAUGAUCCAGAGGAAGAUGACGAGGACCUUCCCCCUGAGGUGAAGAUGGAGCGCGAGAGGGAACGGCGAGUGGCUAACAAUGCCCGCGAGCGUCUCAGAGUACGGGACAUCAAUGAGGCAUUUAAGGAGCUUGGGAGGAUGUGCCAGCUGCACCUCAGCCAUGACAAACCUCAGACCAAACUUCUCAUCCUGCACCAAGCCGUCAAUGUCAUCCUCAAUUUAGAACAACAAGUCAGAGAGCGUAACCUUAACCCCAAGGCAGCAUGUUUAAAACGCCGUGAGGAGGAGAAGGUGUCCGGGGUGGUGGGUGAGGCAGCCAUGCAGCUCUCAGGAGGCCAUCCUAGUAUGGGAGGAGAUGGCCACAACCCAGUUGGCCACAUGUAACACCAGAUCUGGUGGUGUUUCCUUGGCUGUCAGAGGAUGUGGCCUUAACAGAUUUCUUCCACCCAUUAUUCUCAGUGUGUGUGUGUAUAUGUGGACAUGUCUGUGUAUUGUCCGUUCAAGUUUCAAGAUGCACAUUCACACACUCGUACACACAUGCAUACUGCCAAAACUGACACAGCCUGUUUGUCGCACUCCCAACCAUGACUACAAGCUCAAAUGUGAAGAACUUUUUUUAGUUUUGCUUUGUUUUAUACAUGUAAGAUUUUUUUUUUCUUCUUGGUUUCCACAAGAAUUAUGGAACACCGGAGUACUUUUUGUCCUGCCACAAAUUGGGACUUCACACACUGCCGAGAGGUGCUCUUGUGAAAGAAAGGAGACCUAAACAAACACAAAUUGAAUCAAGGAUUUGUGCCUAAUUGUUACAUGUUUUCUAUUUGACAUUUAAGCAAAUUGCUUUACAUGUGAGGAACAUUUAUUGUGAGGGAUUGCUUAUGUGUAUGAGCAAUUAUUUUUAAUGUAUGUCAUUCCCAGCGUGAUGGUACAGUCUUACAUAUGUUAUGUAACCAAGCCCAUAGUUGAAGUUGAAUUGUCUAAAUUCAGUGACCUUUCCUUGAUCUUAUCGGAAAAUGUUUGUGGAAGGCAAUGGAAAGGUCACUAGGGAAAGGUCAAUGUUUUGACAGUCCAAAAGCAGCUUAUAAAAGACGGGAACUCUGACCCAGAGGCAGUCUCUGACUGAAGCCCGUUCUCAUCCCACAAGGCAUCUGGAGACUUGGAAUAGAAGACUCCUUCCUUGAAGGUCUAUGAAUUAUCCAAAUGGUAGAGUCUGUCGGCUACAAAACUGUUCUUCCUAUUCGUUGACCACAAAUUCUAGAGUUACUCCAGUAAUCCCUUGUCAUAGGUUCAGGUUUUUGUACUGCUUUAUGUACUAAAGCAUACAUAGACCAGAUAAAGCACAGUUGUAUAGGUUUAGGCUGGAAGUCAAUCGUCGAACCUGUUGUGCAUUUCAGUCCCUGAAAAUCUUGUACAAAAGCCAUUUGAGACACUUGCUAAGUGAUCAGCACCACUUAGUGCUCUUACUUACUUGAAAUGGUUUACUGACAAUGCCAGCAGACUUAACAGCUGAAAUCUUUCCCCCUUAAUUGAUGUUCUGUAAAAGACAAAGAAAUCUGGGUUCCUUUGACGGCGGGAUCUCAUCAGUCCGCAGUUGUUUGAAGCAGACAAGCCUUUGUAUGACAGAGGCUUUCCUUUCCUAAAUGAGCAUUCCCACUGAAUUACAGCCCCUCACCUUCCUCCUGAGUAAGUUUGUCACAUUUCUUACCGAGAGAAGUGUGACGUGUAAAUUCACUUCAUACAUUACUCUGAUAUGUUUCAUUUUUCAAAAUUAAAUAUAUAUAAAAAUAUAUAUUUUUUGUUAGUCUAUACAUUGUAGAUUUUUUACAUAAAUGGCAAUAUUAGUUUGAAGUUUAGAGUGUAUUGUAGAUGAGCUGAAUGGGAAGGGGAUAUUUGACAUUUAAAUGAAAUUGUUCAAAAAUUAAUUCAAAAUUGAACCGGGAUGACAGAGGACAUGGGGUCAGCAGAUGAAAAAUGUUGAAAGCGUUUGGUGUAUCCUUUAUUCCAGUUUUAGUUGUAAAGCUUAUCAUCAGCUACCCAGAUGAAUUUUUUCUUUCCAUUUGGGGGUAUGUGGACAGCGUUUGUGCCACAGUCCUGUUGAAGUGUUCUUACUUUAGCAGUGAGGCACUGAGGAAAAAUGUGGGAAGGGAUUUUUGUCUCUAACAGUAAUUAUGCAACUGGUUUUUGAAUGUAGCUACCAUACAAAUGUGGAUCACCUUCAUUUUCAAAGUUGUGCUCCUGAGUUUUUUUUUUUUUUUUUUCUCAGUACAGUAUAGUAGUUUUCAUUUCACCUUUCUCUAAUGUCUGCCCUCAACAAAGUGGCUCUCAGUGUGCGGCUCGCUUUUAAGUAGCCCGCACAUUUAUUUUGGAGGCAGACGUCGGUAUUUGGGUGUAAGGUAAUGGAUAAUACGGAGAACAAAACAGUGUUAUUGUGAUGUUAUUCCCAUGUCAUGUCAUGUUGUGAAUGGUUUUUACCAACAUGUAAUCACAUAUGGGAGGUAGAGCAUUUUGUGUGUUUAAUUUCUACAAAAAGAGAUGAAGAAAAAGACCUAUACAAAUCAAUAGUGUGGCCUUUUCAUUCUCAAGACUUAAGAUGACAUAAUGGGAGAGUGAUACCUUAUCAGUGCCUGAACUUGUAUUUUCAUUUAAGACAGUUUUAUUUUGUGAACCAUAUCAUUUCAUUUAUCAUGGAGAUUAAAGAGGUACUUGUUCAUUCCCCCACCCUCCCUUCUCCUAAUGCUUUUUUCAAUUUUCAGGAAGAAGUUUAAAUGGUAUAAAGAGAUUUUCUUUCAGUGUAUCUAGUUAAAUAAAUAAAUGUUACGUAGAUCUUG